AUGAAGCCUUUUACUACUGCCCUCUCCUUCCUCAUUCUAGCAGCUGCUCUUGGAUUCCAGGCUCAGAUCAUACAGGGCUUUGACGAAUCUUCAGACUGCUGUUUCUCCUAUGUCAAACAGAUCCAGUGUUCAAAGUUUAUGUAUUAUUUUUCAACCAGUGGUGGGUGCAUCAAGCCGGGCAUCAUCUUUGUCACCAAGAAUGGGAAGCCGGUCUGUGCCAACCCCAGUGAUCCGAGAGUUCGGAAGUGCAUUAGAAGCCUGAGGCAAAACUCAUGACCACAGACCUGCAAAGAGUAACAUUUGUUGAGAAGAAGGGAAUAUGCCAGCCAUUUCCUUCUGUCUUCCCCAGUAACCACCGAGGGAGCUCUAAGUGUUUGUCUUUAUACAU